AUGACAUUUUUAACACAUCCUUCUAAUCCAACGCCGCCCCUCGUGCCUGGGCAUCAUCAAGCUUAUCCUGACCCAACCCGCUGCGCCUUCGACGUCAAUUGGGGCCGGAAAGAGGCCUACCCAAAGGAGUCGGCCGUGCGGAGUAGGGCAUAUCCCUCACCUCCUAUGUCCGGCUCUCCACCCUUACCUCUGAGACCAGCUCAAGAGGCUGGUAGUCGAGGUAGUGAAGUUCCAGGCUAUUUUACUGCCUCUAGAGUUCUGGAUGGCCUUCGUGGAGGUCCGACACAACCGUCUCCCACAAAUCUUCGCGAGCAGGCCGCAUCAAUGGCAAGGCCAUAUGCGCAAGAACCGGCAAUAAGGUCUCCAUAUGCAUACCCCAGACCCGAAGAAUCAGGAAGGAUUAUCCCAUAUGUCUCUCAGCACCACCACGGAAUGCCUCAAGCAGUUUCUCAAACAGUAUAUCCAAACUCGACGCCCUCGAACUCGGAGGGCUAUCCUGUGCCCGAUCGACCGCAAGCAACCGAGUCUCAGCCGUAUACAUCACCGAAAUCUCAGAGAAAGGCGAAAGGCCAUGUUGCUUCUGCUUGCGUACCUUGCAAAAAAGCUCAUCUUCGAUGCGAUGCACAACGACCCUGCUCCAGGUGCCUUGGCAGCGGGAAAGAAGACGCUUGUGUCGAUGUUCAGCAUAAAAAGCGAGGACGGCCACGACUGCGAGACGAAAGGGAUGGUAGAUUCGAUCCAUCUAGAUAUUCGAAUCCUCAAGAUGCGACGUUGAGGAGGCCACUAAGUAUAUAUCCCUCGACAACUCCUGGAACCUCCCCAUACGAAGACUCCCUCCGACGAAAUCAGUCCUACAGACCUCUCGAUCCUCCAUUGAUCGAGAAUGGCCCACGUGUAGUAUACCAAGAGCGACCUCCUGCCCCAGAUCCGAACCUUUACACCCCAUCUUAUGAAGGCGCACCACCGAAUAAUAUGGAGCCUCUGGCAUACUUGAGCAUGGAUUUUGACAUCGUCAAGGCAUCGCCAAUGUUUAUGGAAAUGGUCCAUGCAUCGAACCCAUUGGGAAAUAAGCUGAGCGAUAUCGUUACGCCGCAUCAGGCCGCUUUCCUCACCAACCUUCAAAAUCAACUUUUUGAAGAGCAGCGAACGUUUGAGCCGAAUUAUCUGCCGCCUAUUAUGGGCAGAUUGGAUAUUGCCAUCAAGGACUAUGGAUUCAUGACCGAAGAUGUGUCAAGGUUUCGCCUCAAUCAUCUAGAGUAUUUCGGCUUUGUUGGAUAUGACGGUUAUACCAGGACAUUCCCUCUCCGGUUUGGAAUUGCAAAGGAAGGAUCGUUCUAUUUCAUUGUAUUUUUGUUGAGCCUCCGAGAGCUUCACCCACAGCUCCCGCCGCCAGGAUCUUCGCAGCAUUCACCGUAUCCACAACACUCACAUGCACAACAUUCUCACCAAUCGCAACACGCUCAGCACUCUCAACAGGUACAGCAUACUCAACAUACGCAACGCGCUCAGCGUCCGCAGCGUGCUCGAGAAUCUGGCUUGUCAUAUCAUCGGCCAUCAGUAUCGCAUCAAGCGGCUUAUGGUGAUCAGUCAGCUUCUUCUUCGACCGAGCCUUACAGGCAUCGCCAUAGUGACGGUGCCAUGCGAUCGCCAUAUAAUCCAGCUGUUUCGCAUGCGAGUUCCAGCUCAGGGGCCCAAUCUUAUACUCCGCCACAAUACUCUGCGUCAAGUUAUCAGACAUCCCAAAGCGAAUACGUCCCUGCUAGCCAACCCCAAACCCAGCCGUCUUAUCAGCUGCCUCCUAUUCGGGCGGAGACAGAUCACAGACCCUCUUCUCGAGAGGUUAAUUGGCCAAAUGCUGAACGACCAAGACGGGUUGAUAUUGGCGGCUUACUAGAGCAACCCGGCGAUAUAAACAGGCGUUAG